CCUUCCCAACUCAACCUCAUACCAAACCCCAAAAAUCACAGCCUCGCGCCAACCAGAUCAAACCCAACACCGCAGCCUCGCGCGGAGAAGCGAUCGCCGCCUCGCGCUCUCGCUUGGUGUGGUGAGGAUCGGGAGGGGAGGGGAGGGGAACGGGAGCACCUUGCGUUUGCCGGUUUGGAGCCAGAUAGGGUUAUGAGCUGCUUCGCGGACCGCCGCUGCUCCGCCGCCAGCCGCCGCCAGGACGGUCUCCUCGUGUUCAUGUUCUUCAUCUCGAUUCCCAUACGUAGUAGUAUUAAUUGUAAUUCCAGUAGUAGUAGUAGUAAUCUCUUGUAAACAAUCGGGUUCGUCUUCGCGGUUGCGUGUACGGGGUCGGAAGGACCUUCCUCUUCGUGCUCAUCCUCCUCUUCCUCUUUUUCUUCGGCUCCGGCUGUGGCGGCUAUGGAUCCCAAUGGCCUCAAAACUGGAGGCCUUCUUCUUCCGACAAUUGAAAGGCGAUGUGUUUCACCUCCAUCCGUCAUUGUGAUUGGUGGGGGCAUCUCGGGGCUUGCAGCAGCUCGUGCUCUCUCCAAUGCUUCGUUUGAGGUGACUGUUUUGGAGUCAAGAGAUCGGGUCGGUGGUCGUGUCCAUACCGACUACUCUUUUGGGUGCCCAAUUGAUAUGGGAGCCUCAUGGCUCCAUGGCGUGUGUAAUGAGAAUUCCUUGGCACCAUUGAUUGGCUAUCUUGGGCUGAGAUUGUAUCGCACCAGUGGCGACAACUCUAUUCUUUACGAUCAUGAUUUAGAAAGUUAUGCACUCUUUGAUAAGGCUGGUCAUCAGGUCUCAAAGGAGACAGUUACUAAAGUUGAAGAAACAUUUGAAAGAAUUCUUGAUGAGACAGUGAAAGUGCGUGAUGAGCAAGAACAUGACAUGCCCCUUCUACAGGCAAUCUCAAUUGUGCUCGAGAGGCACCCCCAUCUGAAGCUACAAGGGAUAGAUGAUCAGGUCUUGCAAUGGUGUGUUUGUCGGCUGGAGGCAUGGUUUGCUGCAGAUGCUGAUGAAAUAUCUCUGAAAAACUGGGAUCAGGAGCAUGUUCUUACUGGUGGCCAUGGUCUGAUGGUGAAUGGAUACUAUCCUAUAAUUCAGGCUCUUUCACAAGGUCUUGAUAUCCGACUUAAUCAAAGGGUAACCAAAAUCACCCGCCAAUUCAAUGGUGUGACGGUCACCACAGAAGAUGGAACAAGCUACUCUGCUGAUGCCUGCAUUAUCACGGUACCACUCGGCGUGCUCAAGGCAAACAUUAUCAAGUUUGAGCCUGAACUGCCCGCAUGGAAGAGCUCUGCAAUCGCCGACCUCGGUGUAGGCAUUGAGAACAAGAUUGCCAUGCACUUCGACACAGUCUUCUGGCCUAACGUUGAGGUCCUGGGAAUGGUUGGCCCAACGCCUAAAGCUUGCGGAUACUUUCUGAACCUGCACAAGGCCACCGGCAAUCCGGUCCUCGUCUACAUGGCCGCUGGUAGAUUUGCCCAGGAGGUGGAGAAACUGUCGGACAAGGAAGCCGUUGAUCUGAUCAUGUCUCACCUGAAGAAAAUGCUACCUGAUGCCACUGAACCUACGAAGUAUCUGGUGUCACGCUGGGGUUCUGACCCGAACUCGCUGGGCUCCUACUCGUGCGACCUGGUGGGGAAGCCGGCCGACGUGUCGGCGCGUUUCGCUGCCCCGGUGGAGAACCUGUACUUCGCCGGCGAGGCGGCCAGCGCCGACCACUCUGGUUCCGUCCACGGCGCCUACUCGUCGGGCCUCGCCACCGCCGAUGACUGCCGGAAGCGCAUCCUGAUGCAGAAGGGCAUCCCUGACCUCGUCCAGGUCAAGGCCUACGAGGAGAUGGCCGGAGUCAUCGCUCCGCUCCAGAUUUGCAGGACUUGAUCAGCUCCGCUCACUCUGCCAUGCCCUGAAACCACCAUGAUUCGAGAUUUCACGCAGUGGAUUAACUGCUUGAUUCGAAAUUAUUAUUACAUCGUUUAAUCACGGCAUUAAGCCUCAUUUUAUUAUCGAAUAAAUCGAGAUCAUGCUCGAGAUCUUGUACUACUAUGACACCGAAUUAAUUGAUGCUAGUAUUCAACCUUGGAUUGAAUGAAUGCGAGUUGCUUGCUCGCGCUGUGAUCGCGACUUGCGAUCGAGGAGAA